AGCGAAAAUCACCCCUUAAUAAAUACCGUAUUUCAUUUUGAGCCCUCCGUUUUCUCAAAAUAAAAAAAGUGCCCCUCUCUCUGUGUCUCGCUCUGCAGCUCCAUGGCCGGUUUCGAAGCUCCAUCGUUCUCUCUGGGACUCGAUCUCGAACUAGAUUUCGAUUUGGAGCCCCGAUCCAAUUCUAAUGGUACGCAACAACACUCUUUAUACAACCAUGCUCCUAGAAACCUUACAGUUGAAUUCGAAGCGUAUGUCUCCGACUCUGAUCCGGAGGUCUCGGCGCCGGCUCUCAAGCGUCUCCGGAGAGGGCCCGGGAGGGUCCAUAGGAGGGAGCUAGCGGAGGCGUGGUGUAAUGUUGAUGAGGAAAUCGAAGAGUUUUCUUCGCAGGAGGGUUUUAGGAGAGAUGAGCAUCCAUCAACACAAUAUCAUUCAGUGUGUAGCAGUUCAAAGUUCCCAUUGCGAGCAUCUGGGGUUUUAACCAGUCGGUCAGCAAGUCAUAGGAAAGCAGGUAAAAGGGAGCAGGCUUCAAAUCACCCAGCUUCUUCUAGUUUGGAGACAAGCAGCAGCAAACUGAUGUUUCCAAAAUUAACUAUCAGUCCACUUAGAAGGUUUCAGUUGCUUGAUUCUGAUGAUGAUGAUCCUUCUGUCAUUGAAGAUGCAAAUCAAGAGGCUAAGAACACCCAUCCAUCUGCAAAAGUGAGACAGUCUAACCAUAGGCAAUAUUCAUGUGCAAGUGAAGAUAAGAGUACAAAAACAUUUGUAAGUAUGCCUCAGAAUGUGGAUUUAUGGAAAGACUUCUGGCCCAAUAGGAGUGUUGGCAUUCCCACACCUGCUCUGGAUGAGGUCUGUGAAGAAUACUUCAGGUCUGUGAAGGACAAGAAUGUAACUGUGAAACUGGGCAGUGAUGGGUGCAUAAGUAAUGAGAAGAGGUCUUAUCAGAAUAAAAAUAACAGGAAAACUGUACAGCACCAAUUGGACUUAGCAGAUCCUCUUCCUCCAGCCCAUCGUUACUUUUUCCAUGCUGAUCCAAGGAUUCAGAAACUAGUCCGCAGUCGCUUACCCAACUUUUCUCCACUGGGUGUUGUUAGUAACACAAAUAUGCAACAUGGUGCAUCAGUCAUUGAUUACAUGAGUCAAUUUAGCCAUGGAGAAGCUUCAAAGAAGCAGGUAAAUCAGGAUGUUAGCAUUGGGAGAAGCACAAUGCAGGCCAGAAAGAAUGCUAGAAAGUUUAAUGCUGAUGAAGCCUUAAAUGCUUCUGGAAGCUGGGUGAACCCCAAAAGCUGUGCUAGUAUUCCUAAGAAAGCUGGAAAAGGACAGGUUCAUGCAAAUGGUCAAUCUGCUAGUAGGUGGUAUACUUCCCCAGAUGGAAGGAAGGUUUAUGUCACUAAAAGUGGCCAGGAGUUGACAGGUUCAAUGGCCUAUAGACAUUACAAGAAGGACAAUGGAGUCAGAUCUAAAAAGUCAAAGGGGAAAACUACAGCUAGAAGGACUUCUAAGAAGAAACAAAAAACCUGAAGGGUCUGCACUAAAAUAUGAAGCUGCUGUGUGGAUUGAAUUAUUGACGGCUUUGGCUCAAAAGAACUGCUGCCAUGAACCUGUUUAGCAGAAAACAUUAUGUGCAGUUCACUCACUAAUCAAGGCAUGGUUAUGCUUUUGGCAGGGAUUCAUAGAGUGAUGAAAUGCAGUGCCACAACAUGGUUUUCCAUGCUUGCCAUGUACAUCCUUCCUUCCUCAUCUCAAUAAAACAUGUACUUUCUAAUGACCUGGAAUGAUCUGAUAAGUCUAGUUGUGGGGUUUUAAGAUUAGAACUUCAAAGCUCUGCCAAUCCAGUGUGGUGUUGAGAAUCAAGAUGCAUAUUGAGCCAUGGUAUUAUGAGUGUCUGAGUACCAUGCUCGUGUGACAUAAGUUUGUUGGUUCUAUAAUUCAUCAAUUUUGAAGUAGCAUUCAUUUUACAUGAUUUGUUUUUCAAACAUGCCAUUGCACUUGAAAACACAUGAUUGGGUAGAGAGAAUGAUAAUUUUUGGUUGCAUCCCAUUUUCAAAUUUUUUUCAUCAAAGUACCAUCUUGAUACCUGCUUGAAACUUUUUUUAAACUUGUUUUAUGUUGUCCUGGACUCAAACCUAGCUUGUUGUAGGUACUUUUAUGGCUGGAUCUUUGAAACUAAGUAUUUGAGAGCAGUGUAUCCAUGGCUUGACAUGAUUUCCAUAUUUCAUCUAUAUCCCAAUACUGCAGAGAUGAUUUGCUUUGCUCUGUUUUCAAUAUCACCGGUCAUCAAUUGGGUCAACAUGUCCUUUAUUACUUUUAUUUGUCUAUAUUGUCUGCAGAUUAGCAGUAACCUCAUUCUUUGCUUUUUAUCAUCUGUUGUUAGGUAAUUACUUAUCAUUAUCAUAAAUGAAAAUUACAAACGGAUGCAGUUGUUUCCUAUACAAUGGGGAAUUUUAUGAAUGGUCUGCUGCCCAAGUGCCUGAAUUCUCAACAGUGGGAGAAAGUUGGAGCACCAGAUUCAGAAUUGCCCUUGGGCUUAUAGACCUCCUUAAAAAGAAUGUAUUAUGUAGACCCAUGUGGUUGUGUGUAAACUGGACAUCAUUUUCCCUUCAAAUUUGUCAGUUCAGUUGUAACAUUUGAAUGAAAUCAUUGAAAUGUACCUAGAAUGGAGAGAUUCAAGUGUAUUGCACUUCUGCUUUUGAUUGUAUGGACAUGUCAUAAAGGGAACUAUGUAUUGCACCUACGUUUUUGACUGUA